AAUGAUACCAAGAAGAUGUAUGCGAUGAAGUACAUGAACAAACAAAAGUGUGUGGAGCGCAAUGAAGUGAGGAAUGUCUUCAAGGAGCUCCAGAUCAUGCAGGGGCUGGAGCAUCCUUUCCUGGUUAAUUUGUGGUACUCCUUCCAAGAUGAGGAAGACAUGUUCAUGGUGGUGGACCUCCUGCUGGGCGGGGACCUGCGUUAUCACCUGCAGCAGAAUGUCCGCUUCCAGGAAGACACUGUGAAGCUCUUCAUCUGUGAGCUGGCCAUGGCCCUUGACUACCUGCAGAGCCAGCGCAUCAUUCACAGGGAUAUGAAGCCUGACAAUAUUUUGCUUGAUGAACAUGGGCACGUGCACAUCACAGACUUCAACAUUGCUACGAUGCUACCUGUGGAGACAUGCAUCACCACCAUGGCCGGCACCAAGCCUUACAUGGCACCUGAGAUGUUCAACUCCAGAAGAGAAGGAGGUUAUUCCUUUGCUGUUGACUGGUGGUCGCUGGGAGUGACAGCAUAUGAGCUGUUGAGAGGCCGGAGACCGUAUCAUAUUCGCUCCAGUACUUCCAGCAAGGAAAUUGCACACAUGUUUGAGACGGCGCUUGUGACUUACCCUUCUGCCUGGUCACAGGAAAUGGUGUCACUUCUUAAAAAGCUUCUGGAACCGAAUCCAGACCAACGAUUUUCCCAUUUGUCCGAUGUUCAAAACUUCCCAUAUAUGAAUGAUAUGAACUGGGACGCAGUUUUGCAGAAGAGGCUCAUUCCAGGAUUUAUUCCUAACAAAGGCAGGCUGAAUUGUGACCCCACCUUUGAACUUGAAGAAAUGAUUUUGGAGUCCAAGCCUCUUCACAAGAAAAAGAAGCGCCUGGCCAAGAAGGAGAAGGAGAUGAGGAAAUGUGAUUCCUCUCAGAUGGGCCUUCUUCAAGAGCACCUUGAAACUGUCCAGAAGGAGUUCAUAAUUUUCAACAGAGAGAAAGUCAAAAAGGACUUUAAUAAAAGACAAGCCAGUCAAGCCUUGGAACAAACCAAAGACCCACAAGAAAAGGAUGGCCAGAAAAACCACCUGUGAAGUCCUCAACAUCUUCUUCUUGGGACAUUUCCACGUCAGGAAGAGCUGACAGAGACGCUCACCUCUCCACACCUCACACACCUUAGACAAUGUGACUGAAUACCUUUGGAGGGAGGCAGCAUGGUCCAGGGAAGAGUCCCCAGGCUCCUGGGAAUUAGAGUCACCACCACGUGACCUUGAGCAAGUUACUUACCCCCUUUCUCUGCUUCAGUUUUUUCAUCUAAAAUGAGAACGUAAUACUAGAUGAGCCCUCUGCUGCCUUUUCACUGCCACCAUUCUCCAUUCCGUUAUUCUAAACAGCCUCUAUUUUUAUUUUAAAAGGAAUAUUUGGACGCAGAUUUAUUUUUCCACUCCUAAUUACACUGUGACAAAUGGACAUAGGUGGGUGAUGGAGUGACUCUCUUCAGAGUUAGAAAACUUCAUAGAUUGGUCACAAUCCCCAAAUCCGACUGAAGAGGAGUAAGGAAUUCAUUCAGGAAGAAAUGAGUGGGACCAGAUUAUAAGUAACACAGAUUGAUGAGGGCCUUCCAGUGGUGUGCUGAAGUCAGAACACCGUACCAGCUUGUAUCAAUUCUAAGAGCCACUAUGCGCAUCUGUCCCAGCACCCCGUACGGUGACGUGAAGUUGAGAGUUGAAAUUGGUGAUGGUGGAAGUAUUUACAUCAUGGAAAUUGGCAGAUGCUACAAAUCAGGGCUUUCCACCCUUUCCGGCCGCCACCGCCCACCCGACCCCGGGAAGCCAGUUGUGAAAUAUUAGCACACCACUGGCCUUUUUCUAGAAGCAUGUUCCUUGAGAGCUAAUUGUCCUCUUAAGACUACCAGAGACCUGUGUCCGGAGAGCACCAGAAAAGAACAUUGUCACAUUGAAAGCACCUCCA